AUGUCCGAGCUGCGCCAUCUUCUUCUAUUGCAUCCAGCGAUCACUGUAAGUCCUGAAAAGGUUGAAGAAACGAAGAAAAACGGUGUUAUUUCAAAAUGUAGUGCUUUGGACCAGUUUUUGAUCAACAAACUGAACGACGGAAGUCUACAGCUACGAAACGAUGUAUACGAAGUGGUUUAUUACUUGACACCGGAGAAGGUCGAAGAAAUUCAGUUUCCAGUGAAACUUAUUCCGAUCUUGGCCAAAAGCCUGAAGGAAGGCGGGAAACUAUAUGGACUAAGUGAUGCCUACAAAGUCCAAGCACUGAUAAACGGAUUUGAUAUCGUAAGCGGGAAUGACGGAGAAUACCACUGGACGAAAAAAUCCAAUUCAUCAAGCACUGCGGCGCCCGUGGCUUUGAAUUUGAAGCAAUCGAAACAUGCAGGUAGAACCACAGAUGCGGGUAGUUCUGUUUCCGGGUCAAAAGGUCUCCCAACUUUCAAGAAAGCCGCAACGAAGCCUUUGCCUCUAUUCCAAAAACCAGAGUCGCCAAAGGUCGUAAAUGAUCUUGAUGAGGACGAAUACGAGGAGCAAAAUGAUGAAGACGAUGAUGAUUUCGACUCAGAUGAGCUUACAGCUGCGAAGUCCAAAUUUUUCGAUAACGUCGAGGGCGAUGAUUCCGCAGAGUCUAUCGACGAAGACGAACUUGUGGGAGAAGACGAGAAGAACGUAAUCACCCUGGUGAUGUGCGGGAAAUCCAAGACAAGAAGACGGAAAGCAUGUAAGGACUGCUCGUGUGGGCUCAAGGAACAAGAAGAGCAAGCGCUGGAUGCGGCUCGAGCAGCUCAAAACAGCGUGCUAGGCCAAGAGGUGAAAUUUGACGAACAGGAACUGACUGAAGUAGAUUUCACAAUCCAGGGCAAAAAAGUAGGCGGUUGUGGUUCCUGUGCAUUGGGUGAUGCCUUUAGAUGUUCAGGAUGUCCAUACCUCGGGCUCCCUGCUUUCAAGCCCGGCCAGCCCAUCAGCCUGGACACUAUUGCGGAUGACUUGUAA